UAAUUAUAUCCCUCUUUUAAUACCCAAAUAAACCCACCCGCCACCCAUCCAACAACAACUUGCUCAAGCUUAACCCAAUUUCACUACCCCACUCGCACGCAUAUAUACAUAUAUAUACGUAAGAAACCAAAUACCCUCAACUCCAUUUCCUUUCUUAAUCAAACCAAAACCCAUAUGGCUUCCAUUCCUCAAUUCUUCUACACCGACUAUACAGCAACAACAUCAUUAAUUCCCAAUGACUUCUGUGAGCAGCGCCCUCCUCCAACGGCGCCGCCACUGGGCGGCGGUGUAUUGUGGGGCGAGGAAACUUUGGUUCCUUUGUUCGAUGAUUUUGGGCUUCAUCAUCAACCUCCUAUUUCCCCAUCCCAAUACUCUUCUCAUAAACCUGGCCUGACACCCACCUCGUUUCCUCACCAAGACAUGAUCGCAUUGCCUGAACUUAACACGCCCUCCAUGUGUGCCACUAAUAAUGCAGCCCCAUGUCAAAACUUUUGCGUUGGGUACCAACCUGAUGAUCAUCCCUUGUUCCAAUAUCCAGACGAUUGCUUCCGUUUGGUGCCCGAGACCGAACCACUUUACCACCCGCUUCCUCCUGACAACUGGGAAAUUCAAAGCAACCAAGUUCCUGUAUCUGAAGACUCAAACAUGAAGGUGGGCCGCUAUUCUGAAGAAGUAAGAAAAGAAAGGAUUCUGCGGUAUUUGAAGAAGAGAAACCAAAGAAAUUUCAACAAAACCAUUAAGUAUGCAUGUCGGAAAACCUUAGCCGACAGAAGGAUUCGAGUCCGAGGAAGAUUUGCGAGGAACAACGAAGCAUGUGAUCAACAACUUAAUCCAACUAAGAUCAACCACACUUCUAUUCACAAAGUGGACACUCAAUUAUUAUACAACCAAGACCAUGUGGGUGCCCAGAGGAAGAAGGAUGAAGAAGAAUGGGUGGAAGAGAUGACAGGGUUAAUGUACUUACCAUACAUCAGCAGUUGAGAGAUGGCAGUGAUGAAAAUCAAAAAGGGGCAGCAAAUUAAAGGGAAGAAUAUAUGAAAAUACUUGGUGGGUAGGGCGUACUAUAAUUAAUGAAUUAAAUGAGCAGAGGUAAUUAUGAUAAUGUUCGGAGUGUUAAUUUUUUAAUCAUCCUAGGAUAUGGAAACAUAGGAGAGUAAGAGAAGGAGGGUUGAGCAUUUUGUGGGUGUACGUUCAUCCAGUCAUUCAAAUAAUACAUAUAUAUAUAAUAUGGUUUAAAAAGGUGUAGUUGAUGGGAUAGGAUAGUGUUGUAUAAGUUCUGAAUUAACAACAUAUUUUGUAAGAGUAGUAGUCCUCUCAAUAUGAACAUAGCAAAGGCAAGUGUCCUCAAAUAGUUUUAUUCCUGAAAUAAAAAUAUUAAAAAGUAAAAAAGCACCGAGGUAGAAAGUGCAUAAUAUACAUGAUUGAGAAAAGAGUGGGCUAGGUGAGAGGCAGAAGGGUAAUGGUUUCAAGGGUUUUGGUGGGUUUUGGUGGGCUUUGGUGGGGGGUGUGGGCAGCACUAAUGGGAUUUGCCCAUCAACCAACUAUCAUCUCUUCAUCUCUAUCUGCUCGCUCUGACCUGAAAGCAGCGCUAGCUACUGUUCAAACCUCACUCCCCUCAACUCUCCCUCAACAAUUUGCCUCUCACCAUUUGUAUGCACCACUAACGUCUACAGGAUUCACUUUCGGCCACCAAUAGGAUACAGUGCCAAAUUUGUAUUAUUUUACUUGCCUGCUUUAUGUUAAACAAUGUCGUUUUCUCUCUAACUUCUUCUUUGAUUGUUUAUAAAAUGUAACCAGAAAUAUCAAAACUCUAAAUUUUUAAGGUGUCAAAAUGUAAGAGACAAUGAAAAAUGGGUCAAAACAAAAGCAAAGGGUAGCAAGAUCACAAGGAGGUGAAUGAGGGCACAUUGGUAUUGGGCGGCGAAGGGAGGACAUUAUCAGUGGACGAUGGUUGUGAUGCCAAAGAAAAUUGGGCCAUUUUGAAAUGAAGCAGCUGGGCUUGUGUCAUCGCCAAUUGUUGUUGUAGCGCAUCUACUUGUCGUUGUAGGCACGAUAUUGUUCCCACACACCCGUAAAUUGGGUCUCGAAUCCUCGCAUUCGCCUCGUACACCAUCGAACUCACUGCGUCGCUCCGGUGUUGCUCGGGUAACUCCUGCAUUUACCAUGAAGAUUUACUAUCUCUUCCAUGGUUUUUUUUUUCCAAAAAUUAUUCAAUAAGUUGGUCUCUUUCUUUCUAACUUCUAGAUGCAUGUAUAAUCAAACUAUAAGUUUUAAUUUCCAUACUCUACUCAAUAAUAAUGAGCUAUAAGGUUUAAGAUGAAAUAAUGAAUAUUUUGAGAUAUAAAAAAUGUAGAAAUCAUUAUAACGUCACCAUUACGCCAAUAAUAAUCGAUUAAAAACAUACAUUAAUAAUGGUUUAAAACUUUCCCCACGUCAAACCAUAAAAGUAAAUGAAUAAUAAUUAAAAGAAGAGGAAGAGGAAGAAGA